AGCACAGCCGCCAUUCUGUUUAGGGUAUUCUACAGAGAACGUUCAUCAUGGCCAACAUAUCUAAGAGAAGGAAAGUCGAAGAGCAGAAGAAAGUCAGGGACAAGGAGCCGAAUUACAGCCCCAAAGAGAGAGAUCUCAUUGCCAUUAUUUACAUUUAUAUUUCACGGUUGAUGAACCCACAGAGAAUCAGCGAUAUAGCGGAGCACACAGCGAAGGUUUACAAUAUGCAUGCUGAGAAGAAAGUGCAACAAGAUGUUAUAAGGGUUCGCGAUGAAAACAAAUUGAUCUCGAAGAUACAUCGAAUGACCACCACAACCAAGGAAAUGACAGGACCUAAUAGACCACCAUUUUCAUCUAGAAUGAUGCAAAGAGCUAUCAAUGAGUUUGUAGAUAAGCACAAAGCAUCUCUAACAAACUUGAAAAGGAUUCCGGAGUUUCCUUUACCCAGUGGGCUUGUCGUGAGGGAUCAAUCAUCUGAAUUUUACGGUGAUGAAGAGAUGGCAUCAUGGAGACAAGUUGAAAGCGAGAUUUUUGAUUCUGCCCUUUGCGUUCGCUAUAUGGUUAAUAAUGAGCUUUUGAGUGCCGAUGGUGAUUCUGAAAGUGCUGAAGCUGUGGCUGGAAACGGAGAUGAGAAGCCGGUUGACAAAUUAAACAAGAAGCCCAUUGGAAGGCCAAGCAAGAAGUCCACAGAGACCUUGGAUGAAAAGAGUGGAACUUAUGAGAGUGCGGACAAGGACAAUGAUAGACCAACGGGCAGUAUUGGUGAGAAUAAAGGUAACACCAUGAAGACUGAGCCAAAGAUCAAGGACAAACAACAGAAGAAAGUUGUUUCUUUCUCUCUCCCAGAAUCAUCAAUGAUUGAUGAUGAUCACAAGACAAUCAACGCUCAGAAGUUGAAUACGCUCGAGGAGGGAGGCAUUGAUGGUGAACAAGAUGCCAAUUCUGAUGAUGAUGAUGACGAAGAAAGCGACAGUGACUCCGUAGACGCCAAGGGCACUACAAAGGUCACGAAAGUGUAUCAUAUUCAAGGCCACAACAUCUCCACGAGGAAGCUCUUCCUCACCACCCAGGACAGAGACGGCUCCACAGCUCCUCAGACCAACCACUCGGAAAUAACCCGUCUCAGACAAGAGCUCGAAACCUUGAGAGGAGAAUAUGCCGAUGAUAUCGCCGCUACGAGGAACUACUGCAGGAAGUUGGCCAAAAUGGUUGAGGCUCAGAAUGCCACCAUCGAGGACCUCCAGGACAGGGUCUACUACCUUGAGGAUAAAUUCAUAUACAAGGACGAGGUAAGGAAGGAAAAUGAAGAAGCAAAGUAGAGAAUUAACUAAUAUGUCUAUGUGACAAUGAACGGUGUAAUUGUCACCGUCGUGUCCGCGCUCAUCCUCAUAGUAAGCUACUCCAGCCGUCCCCUACCCGCCUUUGUCC